AUGUCACUCAUUCAGGUGGAAGAUCUUGUCUCGUACCAAUUGCGCACCAGCUACCUCAGCGAGGUCGCUGAUGGCGUUGGAGAGCGCUUGAUCACCUUGAACGACAGCUUCCUCAACACUGCCCCCUUCAAGGCCGCUGGCUGGCGCCCAAAUCCUGCCAUUAUCAAACGCACCCAUUCGCCUCCCAUACCGACCGCCAUAGCCUCCGAAUACUUCCAGGCUGCACCUCGGUCCGUCGGCCUAACGCUCGAGGAUGAUGUGGAGGAAGGCGGCAUGCUGACCGGCGCUGGAGGGGAGACCCCAGGGCCCGGCAUUGCAACGAGGCGGCGGCGGGAGAGGCGGCGUGAGCAAUUAGAGGAAGACGACAGCAGCGAUCUCAGCGAUGAAAGCGACGAGGAUGCCGAUCAGAGGGCUGCCCAGCAGAUAAGAUUCGCCAAGAUGCCCGUCAGGAACCGAUCUGGCUCCUCGCCCAUCCAGAACUCCACACUACGCCAGACUCCCACCACGUCCUCCCCCAGGGCUGCCCCCGGUGCCAGGAGAGGCUCGCAAUCUGCGUUGGAAACGGUCAAGGAGAGAGCCAGAAGGGACACCGUCACAAGCAGCGAAGUAUCCUCAGACAAUGAGGUGGAGGGGUCCGGUAUUCGCCGGCACAGAGAGGCUGCGAGAGCUGCGGCAAAGACAGCCAAACUACACGCCAGAAUUGCCGAGGAGCCAACUCAAGGUGUCAACAGGGUGCAGAGCGAUCUCCUUGCUGAGGAGGAGGAAGACGACUCGGAUCUCUCUGACGCUUCGUCCUUCGUGGAGAGCGUAGAUUCGGCUUCCAUCCUUGCCGAUGUAGAGAAUCCAGCUGUACCUGCCUCCCCUGGCCAGCAGGUGGUCGGUACACCACCGAAACAGCUCCUACGACAGUCCACUAUACGCAGACCCCCGACAGCACCCCAGUCAUCACUCCUUCAGGCGCUGCCUCCACCCAGACCCAUGAGUACUAUCCGGCCAUUGAGCAUGAUACAACCUAGAAGUCUGUUGUCGGACGCAUUCAAGGCCAAGCAGACUAAGCCCGCUAUGCCCUUUGAGAAGUUUGCUUCUCUUUCUGGCCAGGGCGACCCUGACCCGCUGUCGAUACGGAUCUAUGCCCCCUUUUCCAAGACGUCAUCUAAACCCUUCGAAGUUUUGAUACGAAAAAACAUCCAAGAGAAAGAUGGCAGUAGCACUCUUAGACCCGUCACUGUAGCCGAGCUGAUCGGUCUGAGUCUUUGGCGAUAUCAUGAAGAAAAGCUGGAGCCCCCUAUUCCGAACGACAAGCUCAACGUCAAUUGGUGGACCUUGAGGAUGGUCGAUGGCGAUGAGGUUGACGAUGACUUUCCGCCCUUGGAACGGAAGAAGCCGGUCAACUCCUUCACCACAGCCAACAACAGGGCUGCAAGAUCGCGCUCAGCUUCCAAGACAUAUGAUGACUUUGGCUUAGUUCAAGCAUCUGCUAGCGGGUUUGAAGAGAACCAAAAGCUCACGCCACAGUUCGACCAGCAGGAGGUCGCCGAAGAGACAACAGCAGAGGUCACACCCACUGACACGCCUCAACCACAACUGCCUCUUCCAACCCCGCCAGCGAGGCCACGAGGAAACCCUAUCACGAACACCACAUUCCGCUCAGAUGCGCCCGCAGAUAAACCAGCUGCUCCUGCUCCUGCUCCCCAGUCUGUCAGUCGCGGACAACGGAAGCUCUUGCGGGUCCAUAUCAUGUCAGCGGAUGUGGCCCCCGGACAGAUGGUCACUGUGGACGUCACUACAGAUAUGUACCUUGCCGAGGUGCUCGACAUGGUCUGCAAGAAGCGGCAAAUCGACAAAAAUACGCACGUCCUCAAGCUUCCGGGGUCUGGGUCCGUCGUCUUCGUGGACCGUGCCGUCUCUUCCAUCGGCAACAUGACCGACCUGGAGCUGCACCGCCGGCGCUUCGCCACCGACGGCCCCCUGACCAUCACCGGCUCGCCCAUCGGGUCCUCCCCCAAGGCACACGUGUGGGACAGCAACCCGGCGCCGGCCAAGAAGAAGAAGGACAAGGGCGCGGCGCCCCACCCGCUGGCCCAGGAGGCCGUCAAGCUCGACGAGGCCGGCAGCAGCGACGUCAGCCUCAAGCGCUACGUGGUCUGGAAGAAGCAGACCAUGCGCUUCGUCGGCAACGAGCGCCUGCUGACCAUCGACGGCGAGUACGUCUACAUCCAGCCGUCGUCGGGCGGCAAGCCGACGCGCGAGAGCGGCAAGACCUCGAGCGUGCACUUCAGCAACAUCCUGGGUGCGAGCCUGUCCAGGAAGCACCCGGGCACUUUCAAGUUCUAUAUCUUCAAGGACAACGCCACCAAGAGGACCGAUUAUGAGACGAAGACCCCUCAGGAGGCGGCCGAGAUCGUGCAGGAGAUCAAGAAGGGGGUUGCGCCGUACGCUACAAGUUAG